UGUAUUUUACUGAUCACAAGCAAAGAAAAAGGGAAAGGGGGGAGAGAAGAAGAGGAGAGUGGGGGAAAAAAAAAAACCCAAAAAACCCCCCAAAAACAAACUGCAACAGAGGAAGAGGGGAGAAAACGGAAGGGGAGAAGGAGGAGUGUAGCCAGAGAGACCGGCCCUGGGACAUUUGCAAAUCCUAGGGUGCCACUGAAAGGUGGGGAGUAAGAGAAAGCCAGAGCGACUGGAAAGCGGAGCUACUCGCAGCAACAGCAGCAGCUGUCAGGAGCUGGAUACACACAUACAUGCGUCCCUACGUGCACACACGGGGAGAAUUGAAGCUGCAGCUCAUAGCAGGAAGGAAGCGUUCCGGCUCUGCAAAGGGCUAUGCGUGUCAGGGAUGAAACCAAGAGCUGAAAGAAGCGGCUGCGCUCCUGGGACUGUGUCAUCUCGGAAGGGAGGGAGGCAGGAAGGAAGGAAGAAAAGGGGGAAGAUAACUGGCAUGUGGAAGAAGAUGGGAGACUAACUCACUGCUGUGCAGAAGGGAAAUCCAACUUGCACAUCUGAAAUACACCAGGCUCAGCUUGGAAAUGAGAUCAGACCUGCAUUGAAACACAGAAAGGGAGGAAAAGGGAGGCAGAGACGGGAGAGCUUUUAUCCUUCUUCCUGUCUCUCUUUCCCUCUCUCUCCUCAAAGAAGAAAUAGAAGUUUAUCCGUCUCGGUGCUUCUGGAUUCAUAUAGCUGCUGGACAAAAGAUGGAGAGGAAGCUAAAAUAAAAAGCAAAGUGUGCUUCUGAAAUUUACAGCUAAGAGGACAAAUCACAGCUCGGGUUUCUUUGUGCCCCAUCGGGGGAGUUUUAACGACUGAAGGAUUUUGAGAAGUGAUGGGGGGGGGCAAAGGCGAGAGUGGGCGUUAAAAAUACCCAUCCCAAGUGUUUAAAAAAUAAUGAGGUGAUGGAUUUAUUCAUGACAGCUGGUGGGAACCUUGAAUUUUUCUCUACUCCCUCCCUCCUUCAUUUCAUUUAAUGUGAAAUUAUGAAAAUGCAGAGGAGUUGGAGGGAAGGCAAAAGGAUAUAACGUGGAGUUUGAAACAAGGAGAGGGUGCUGAUGCUGUGGAUUGCUGGCUUCUUGCCGAAAUCAAAAAUCCAAUUGCGCACUGGGUUGUGAUUGGAAAUCUAAUCAGAUCUUUGGAGAGGGGGGAGAGAGACUAAAAGUUUAUUGUUUUGACAGACAGGAAUAAAAAUUUAAAUGCAAAAGGAGAUUCUUUUCUAAAUGCGUGUGGGGGUAUAGAGGAAAAGAAGAAUGGGAAUCCCCAUUCUAAUGUGGAGACACAUGGAUUGGAUAAUUGAUAGUGCAGCAAAGAAGGGGGAAAAAGAAAAUUGCCUGCCAAGACCUGGAUCUUAAGUGUCACAACAAAAUUGCGUUAAAAGAAUGGAGGAUUGCUUAAAAGGAAAUACAGUUAUUUCUGCUCUCCAGAGAAAAAACAAAUAGAGAGCAAUGGGGAGCAGUGGAGCCAGAGGGGCAGAAAACCUCAGAAAAAGGAAACUAGGCAAACGAUCCACAGUGGAAUGAAAAGUUUCAGAAAGGAAAAGGACCAUUCAUCCUCCUCAAGGAUUUUUGUUUUCUUCCUGUUAUUUUAAACCAUUAUUCUUCAGUGAAGGCAACCAUCAACGUUACCACUACAGAAAUUUUAAGCAGAAAAGUUGAAAGCCACAGAGAAAAUAAAGGACAGAGAAGAAAGCAAAUCACCAGAGGGGGAGAGUUCAGCAGUGUUGGGUUGGAUUGGCACCUGUAUGGACUGAAAUUGCUGGGAAAUUGCAAUUGGAUAUUCUCUUUCUUUUAUUUCCUUCCUUGUUUUUAAUUUUGGUUUGGUUGCUGAAAUGAAAUAGUUUUCUAACCCCUCCCCCACCCUGGUUUUUCAUAAUCACUCGGAUUUCCAGCUGGAUAGUCUUUGAGGAUACAGGUGGAUGCUGUGGGGGGGUCCAGGCAGCUCUGUGGAACAGUCUCCAGUGGGCUAGUAGGAUGAGAAGGUCCAGGGAUAGUUUGGGAAACGAGGAGAAACAUCACCUCCCAAGACGGUAAACCUGCUGAAAAGACGAUUCAAACUCCAGAAGGACCAACACCAAAUAAAUUAUGAAUGUUGAACAAGAUGACCUUACAUCCACAGCAGAUAAUGAUAGGUCCUAGGUUUAACAGGGCCCUAUUUGACCCCCUGCUUGUGGUGCUGUUGGCUCUUCAGCUUCUUGUGGUGGCUGGUCUAGUGAGGGCUCAAACUUGCCCUUCUGUCUGCUCCUGCAGCAACCAGUUCAGUAAAGUGAUUUGUGUGCGGAAAAACCUUAGAGACGUGCCAGACGGCAUCUCCACCAACACCCGGCUACUCAAUCUCCAUGAGAACCAGAUCCAAAUCAUUAAAGUUAAUAGCUUCAAGCAUCUGAGGCACCUAGAAAUCCUGCAGCUCAGCAGGAAUCACAUCAGAACAAUUGAAAUAGGGGCUUUCAAUGGUCUGGCUAAUCUCAACACUUUGGAACUCUUUGACAAUCGUCUGACCACUAUCCCAAAUGGGGCUUUUGUAUACCUGUCAAAACUGAAGGAACUGUGGUUGAGAAACAACCCCAUUGAGAGCAUCCCUUCUUAUGCUUUUAACAGAAUCCCUUCUCUCCGGAGGUUGGAUCUGGGGGAAUUGAAAAGGCUUUCAUACAUCUCAGAAGGUGCCUUUGAAGGUCUGUCCAAUUUGAGGUAUUUGAACCUUGCCAUGUGCAAUCUUCGAGAGAUUCCUAACCUUACUCCACUUGUAAAAUUGGAUGAGUUAGAUCUUUCUGGGAAUCACCUGACUGCCAUCCGGCCAGGUUCUUUCCAAGGGUUAAUGCAUCUUCAGAAAUUGUGGAUGAUACAGUCCCAGAUUCAAGUGAUAGAAAGGAAUGCUUUUGAUAAUCUUCAGUCACUUGUAGAGAUCAACCUGGCACACAACAAUCUAACACUACUGCCUCAUGAUCUGUUCACACCACUCCGCCUAGAAAGGAUCCACUUGCAUCACAAUCCUUGGAACUGCAACUGCGAUAUCCUUUGGCUCAGCUGGUGGAUUAAGGACAAGGCACCCUCCAAUACUGCAUGCUGUGCCCGUUGCCACACGCCUCCCAGUUUAAAAGGAAGGUACAUUGGUGAGCUAGACCUGAAUUACUUCACAUGUUAUGCUCCAGUCAUAGUGGAGCCACCAGCAGACCUCAACGUCACAGAAGGCAUGGCUGCAGAGAUGAAAUGCCGGGCAUCGACCUCCCUGACCUCUGUGUCUUGGAUUACUCCAAAUGGAUCUGUAAUGACGCAUGGGGCAUACAGAGUUCGGAUUGCUGUGCUCAGUGAUGGCACAUUAAAUUUUACCAAGGUAACUGUGCAAGACACGGGUUUGUACACAUGCAUGGUGAGUAACUCUGUUGGGAAUACCACGGCUUCUGCCACGCUGAAUGUGACCGCCCUGGAUAACCCUGGUUACACGUACUUUUCAACCGUCACGGUAGAGACUGUGGAACCUUCUCAGGAUGAGGCACAGACCACAGAGCAGGUUGGGCCCACACCAGUUACCAACUGGGAAACCAUUAACAUGACAACCUCACUCACUCCACAGAGCACAAGAUCAACAGAAAAAACGUUCACCAUUCCUGUGACGGACGCAAACAACGGGAUCCCAGGAAUAGAUGAGGUUAUGAAGACUACCAAAAUAAUAAUUGGUUGUUUUGUGGCUAUCACUCUCAUGGCUGCUGUGAUGCUGGUAAUUUUCUACAAAAUGAGGAAGCAGCAUCACCGGCAGAACCAUCAUGCUCCAACACGGACUGUAGAGAUCAUUAAUGUGGAUGAUGAGCUUACAGGUGACACACCCAUAGAGAGUCAUUUGCCCAUGCCAGCAAUAGAGCAUGAGCACUUAAAUCACUAUAACUCUUAUAAAUCUCCUUUCAACCACACAACAACAGUUAACACAAUAAAUUCAAUACACAGUUCAGUGCAUGAACCGUUAUUGAUCCGAAUGAACUCGAAAGACAAUGUUCAAGAGACUCAAAUCUAAAACAUUUAUGACAUUAAGGGGUGGGGUGGGGGGACAACAAAAGAUGGUUUAUAAAACAAAUGACACAAAUGACUGGGCUAAAUCUACUGUUUCAAAAGUGUCUUUACAAAGAAAAAGAAAUUUAUUUAUUAAAAAUUCUAUUGUGAUCUAAAGCAGACAAAAUUAUGUGUAUUCCUCAGAACCUGUUUUUGCUGCAGUUAUUUACCCUCCUCGUUCCCGUUUUCCUGCCCAACCUACUCUGACUCCCAUUUGCCAUAUUUUUCAUAGGAAAUCUUGAUUCCCUAAAAGAACUGAUCUAGGAAAUUUUGUAAGAGUUCUGUUACACUUUGGGAAUUUUUAUGGUGAAUUCUAGUGGUGAGAUUCGGUCUAUUUUGUCACUUUCUCUUUUUUCUUUUGUUUCCUCAUGCCCUUUUUGAAAUUAUUCAACAGAGAAUGGAGUAAUAACAGUAACUUUGCAAGUGAGAAAAACAAGUAAACCUUUUUUUUUUUUCUCCAUGUAAUGAUUUGCUCUGUAUUUACCAAAAGCACCAUUCUGUGAAAAAAAUGGAAAAAAAAGUAAAAAAAAACCAAACCAAAAAUUAAUUUACUUGUGGAAGCCUAUAAAACCCAUGAUCUUUUAAGCAAUUCUAGAACCAGAAUUUGUAGUUCAAACACUAAACUAAGAUUAUAAAUAAAAUAUUGGUUUUUUUCUCUACUUGGAUAUAGCUC